AAACAAAAAACCAAACCAAAGGAGAACUCCACUGCCCAUUUACUGUCGAGUGGCAUGAUAUCAUUACCAUCCUAUGUACUUAUGCCUGAAUGCUAGUCAACAAUGCCGAGGAUUCAUGCUCUAUAAAUCCUCACAGUAAGCCACUUGGAUGGAUCUGGCACAUCAUACAUCCUGGAAGAAGGAAGCCACAUUAAGAAACUUGCAGUAUGUUUUCAACUGCACAGCUCCGUAUCAACUGUAUUGCUUAGGGAUGCGUGUCCUACAGCAUUGCCCAGGGAGCAAUGAGAAGCAGGCUAGAUUUCCCAGAUUUCAUUAUCAACCGCCUUCAGUUGCCAUGUUUUACACCUGUAGGCCAAAGGGUGCCCAUCUGCUUUGGCCCCAUUUCUUAUUUUGACUCCUGCACCAGGAGGUCAAAAUCCUAGCCAUGCGAAAGACCUUCUUUACCUAGGCCCUGGCUCAUGGUAACCAAAUCUGAGUAUUGGAGGUUACUGGGAGCUCGCAUGUGUGCUGUGUGUGUGUGUGUGUGUGUGUGUGUGUGUGUGUGUAGCAGGCUUCUCCACCAGAAAACGGUAGCGUCAAGGCAGAGAGUAUUUAAUGCGGGAAACAUAAGUUUAUCGUGUCCAAAGUUUCCACCCAGCAGUAAACAAUUUGCAACACACUGCAAAGUGCCAGGGAACAAGCCCAGCUCAGGGAGAGGCCGCGAUAGGUCUAUUUGAUACACAGGGUGAGGUAGGGAUUCGAGUUGUUUUCAUUGGCUAGGUGGCUGGGAGCCUCAGCAGCGUCCUGGAUGAACUGUCAUUCUCCCUGACUUGGGAAGCCCUUGAUUACUUUGUAACACACUCUGUGGAAGUUAUUUACUCGCCUCAGACUCUGCCUCUGGGCUGUGUCUUGUGUUCCAGAGACACGGUACCAGAAUAUUUAAAUCACUGUGGCGUUAAAUACGUUUUAAUAUCUGAUAGGGCCAGUUUCUGCGCAUUGCACUUUUUUUUCCUUUCAGGAACGUGUUCGGGCCCGCGGCAGGGGGCGGGGUCGCGCCUCCGCCUCGGCUCUGGUUCCAGCCGAGCCUCACCGACGCCGAGAUGGAAAUCCCGAGGCUGCUCCCGGCUCGCGGGACACCACAGGGCGGCGGCGGCGGCGGCGGCGCCGGCUGCUGCCCGGCGGGUGGCGGCGGGGUCCACCGAGCCCCGGACUCUCUGGCCUGUCAGGCCCCCACGCGCCGCCUCCUACUGCUCCGGGGGGCCCAAGAUGGCGGGCCGGGGCCGCGGAGCGCAGAGGCCCAGAGGGCCUCACGGGGCCUGGGCCCGAGCCUGAGCCGGUUGGCGCCGAGGCCGGAUCACCGGAGCGGCGGUGGAGGCGGCGGCGGCGGCGGCGGUGGAGGCGGCGGCGGCAGAGGAGGAGGCGGCGGCGGCGGAGGAGGCGGCGGCGGCGUUGGCGGCAGCGGCGGCAGCCGCAGCGACGACUUCUUCCUGUUGCUGCUUGACCCGGUGGGUGGCGACGUAGAAACAGUGGGCACGGAGCAGGCCGGAGGGCCUGUGUGGAGGGAGGAGGCCGAGGCAGGCCCGGGGCCCGAGCGGCGCCAGAGCGGUGCGAACCCAGCGGGCCGGCCCGAGCCGGGCCCCCGCUGCCUGUCGGCGGUGCCGGCUGCGUCCCCCCUUCCCGCGGCCGGCCCCGGCCCGGGCCCGGGCCCGGGCCCGGCGGCAGCGGCGGCCUUCGCGGGCACCAUCACUAUCCACAACCAGGACUUGCUGCUGCGCUUUGAGAACGGCGUCCUCACCGUGACCACGCCCCCGCUGCCCGCCUGGGAGCCGGGGGUCGCGCCGUUCCCGCAGCCGCAGCCGCAGCCGCAGCCGGGGGCACUGAUCGCCCCGCAGGCCGCCGGCUUUCCGCCCGCCGCUGCCGCCGCGGCGGCGCAGCUGGGCGACUGCCCCGAGCUGCCACCGGACCUCCUGCUGGCGGAGCCGGCGGAACCGGCGGCCGGCCCGGCGCCUCCGGAGGAGGAGGCCGAGGCCCCGGCCGCCGCCCAGAGCCCCCGCGGGCCUCUGGUCCCGGGCUCGGGCGUGGUGCUGUACCUGUGCCCGGAGGCGCAGUGCGGACAGACCUUCGCCAAGAAGCACCAGCUCAAGGUGCACCUGCUGACGCACAGCAGUAGCCAGGGCCAGCGGCCCUUCAAGUGCCCCCUGAGCGGCUGCGGCUGGACCUUCACCACGUCUUACAAGCUCAAGAGACACCUGCAGUCGCACGACAAACUGCGGCCAUUUGGCUGCCCCGUGGAGGGCUGUGGCAAGAGCUUCACCACCGUGUACAACCUCAAGGCGCACAUGAAGGGGCACGAGCAGGAGAACUCCUUCAAAUGCGAGGUGUGUGAGGAGAGCUUCCCCACGCAGGCCAAGCUCAGCACCCACCAGCGCAGCCACUUCGAGCCCGAGAGGCCUUACCAGUGUGCGUUUUCUGGCUGCAAGAAGACGUUCAUUACUGUGAGUGCCCUGUUUUCCCAUAACCGCGCCCAUUUCAGGGAACAGGAACUCUUCGCCUGCUCCUUCCCCGGCUGCAGCAAGCAGUAUGACAAGGCUUGCCGGCUCAAGAUCCACCUGCGGAGCCACACCGGGGAGAGACCUUUCCUUUGUGACUUCGAUGGCUGUGGCUGGAACUUCACCAGCAUGUCCAAACUCUUAAGGCACAAGAGGAAGCACGAAGACGACCGCAGGUUCACCUGCCCAGUAGAGGGCUGUGGGAAGUCCUUCACCAGGGCCGAGCACCUGAAAGGCCACAGCAUAACCCACCUGGGCACGAAGCCUUUCGUGUGCCCCGUGGAAGGCUGCUGCGCCAGGUUCUCUGCUCGCAGCAGCCUCUAUAUCCACUCCAAGAAGCACUUGCAGGACGUGGGUGCGUGGAAAAGCCGUUGCCCGGUCCCCACCUGUAACAAACUCUUCACGUCCAAGCACAGCAUGAAGACCCACAUGACCAAAAGGCACAACCUCAGCCAGGACCUCUUGGCCCAGCUCGAAGCUGCCAACUCUCUCACACCCAGCAGUGAACUCACCAGCCAGGGGCAGAACGAUCUCAGUGGUGCCGAGCUCGUGUCUCUCUUCUCGGAUGUGCCUGGCCACAGUUCGGCUGCGGUGCUGGACACGGCCUUGGUCAACUCUGGCAUCUUGACUAUUGAUGUGGCCUCUGUGAACUCGACCCUCGCAGGAAGUCUCCCUGCCGACAGUAAUAAUAGCAACCAUUCCUUAGGGCAAGCGGUGGACCCCCGGGCCUUGAGGGGGCCCCCCAGUGACCUUCCCCAGAGUCUGGAUACCUCUCUCUUCUUCGGAACCUCGGUGGCCGGUUAUCAGCACAGCCCCUUAGACAUGGACGAUGUCUCCGCUGGGAACGUGGGGCUCUUUGGCUCCUUGGCUCUGAAAAACUCAAGCCUGGAGACCCAGGCUUUGACACCCAGCAAUAAGUUAACCGUGGACACGGAAGCUCUGACUCCCUCCAGCACCCUUUGUGAAAACAGUGUCUCCGAGCUACUGACCCCAGCCAAAGCCGAGUGGAGCGUGCACCCCGAAUCUGACUUCUUUGGGCACGAGGAAGAAACUCAGUUUGGAUUCUCCCAUCCAACAGGAAGCCAUGGGUCUCAGAAAGAGACAGAUCUUAUCACGGUGACCGGCACCCCGUUUUUGGUAUGAACCGACUCUGCCUGUUCUCUGCCUGCCCUGUGGCUCACUUUUUAAAAAAAAAAAAAAAAAAUCACACUCAGAUGUGAGAAUGUUCUGGAAGGAGUGCUUGCGUUGCUUGCCUGCAGUUGUUUCUUGCUGCUUUGCAAAGGAGCGCAUCUCUGGACUACCAAUUUAGGGAUUCCAGUUCUCAUCUUGAGUCUGGAACUGAUGAGUUCUCUGACUGUGAGCAAGUCUCUUAACCUAGCUGAGCCUUAAUUCAUUAUUUAUAAAAGUAGUCUUUUUUUGUCUGUCUAACUUGUUUCUCUUUCCUUUUCAACUGCAUUUACAUUCUUUGUAAUCUUUUGGUGUAAUUUUUUAGAGUAUUUCAUAGUGGUUACAUAAGAUUAUAAUGUAUGAAAAGGACUUUGAUCCCUUUGAACAUUAAAUGAUUAGAGAGAGGGAACUGGUGUUUUAACUUUUAACAUUAGUCUUACCUCAUUUUCACAGUAUCCUUUGUAUCUGUAGAAUGUAAACAUGUCGACUAUUAUGUGGUUGUUUCUUCUUUUUUCUGUUUUCUUAUGUUGUCUUUCUAUAGGAGGUUUUGUUUUUGUUUUCAAACAUAUCAGGGAUUUGCUAUAUUGCAAGCAUAUUCUAAAAUAUUGCCUCGUUAACCUUUAACAAGUGGCCUUAUAGUCGUCAUUUAGUCUCGCCAAGCCUUACUUGCAAGCUUUACACUGGUGAGAGAAAUGCACAGUAUUCUCAUGCAUAUUGGAUCUUUUUUAUGCUUGAGAUUGUUACUGAAGGGAAAAUAUUACAUAUUUUGGCUUUUCUGAAUUAUCUUUUUUGCCUCCUUGUUUCUUCUCUUAAAGUCCUAGAGUGCACAAGGCAGGGAACACAUAUAUCAUAGUUUUCAGCCAAUAAAUGUUUAUAAGUAUUAAGCAUACAUGGGAAUUUAUCCCUUCCAUAAUUUCUUGAAGAAUUUUUCUCUACAGAGUUCUCAUUUAACAUUGUUCACUGUUCCAUUUGUUCAAUUAACUAGUGUCUGCUCUGGAUCAAAGCCAGCUCUUGGCCUGACUCUACUAUUCCAAUAUCAUUUGGAAAUGGACCAGAAGAUAAUAUUCAUUUCUUUUUCCUGGUGACCUCAUUCGUAGACCUCUCUGGAAUGAGAGGUUUGCUAUGUAUUUUGAAAUAGAAAUACUGUCAAUCUUAGCAUGAGUGUAGCAUUUUUUGAUUUAUAUAGAAAUUUUAUAUCUAAUAUAUUUGAUCAUCAUAAUGUUGAUGAAAAAAUGUAAACUUCAAGUGAUAGUAAAACUUUCCUGAUGCAAAUUGAUUUCAUUUGGUAAAUAUUAAUUAUUUCUAUAUGUAGUUCAAAUCAAAGAGGAAAUAUUUCUACCUCUCCCAUUCUUCUCUUAUGAAUUCCAUAAUCAUUUUGUUUAUGAGCAAUCUAAUUGUUCUGCCUAUGGAUAUUCUUGCUCCCUUCUGAUUUUUUCUGCUUCCCCCAUCCCUGAAGUUCUUGAUAUAUGCACACCAGUUUGUACUAUGCCUCUGCAUUUUCUCUAAUUUUUCACUUCUUUUUGGUCACCCUUUUCUCACAUGAUCUAUUUUUUAGUUAACUCAACAAUAAUAACUACAGUCCGUAUGCACCAAGAUGGUAUUUUCUGGAUUCAGAUUACAAGUGUGUUUACAGGAGACAGAUGUUAAUGGGGACAUUUUUUUCCUAUAAGAUCUGAUGACAAGUACCUCUUUACAUUUCUUCACCAUGUUUUCAACUAGAAAAUAGUAAUUUUGAAACACUCAAAUUCAAUACUGUUUUGUAAGGACACUUGAAGAAAACUCUUUUAUACUACCAUUGCCACUUUGAAAUGUAUUAUGUACUACCUUUUUAAAUUGAUUGAACCCAUUCAGUGAAAAGAUAAAAAAGUACAUAUUAACUUGUAAUUUAAAGAAGUAUUCAGAAUUUUAGUGUGUCCAAGCUUCAAGAUUAUUAUUGACUUAGCACUUUGAAAAGAUUUUAAAGACUAUGUUAGAAAUGCAUUUUCAUGAGUUAAACAUUUCUCAUUUUAUUUUACAAGGAAUGGAAAGAUCUGAGGUAAACACAAACUUUAUUAGCAUUUAUUAAGAUAUAUAACCAUAAAGGUAUUUUAAACUGUCACUUUGUUUCUUUUAAAUUUCUUCCAACUAAAGACUAUACUAAAAUAUUCUUAUCUAUAGUCUAUAGAAUUUCCAAAGGAUAAAAUUUAAUUUCUUGAUGAUAAAAAAUUAUGUUGUUGUCGUCUUUAUGGUUUCUCUUCAUACCAUUGCCCUAGCAUGAUGGUGGAAUGACUGUAAUUACAGUGACUACAUGUGACUACACACAUAACAAACAUACUUCUGCUGAUAUAAAUUUGACAUUUUAAAAAUGAUGACUCAUGAUUUCAUUUUAUCGCCUUUGCCUUUUGUGUUUCUGUAGUCUUUCUUGAUUUAUUAACAUUGUCUAAUUUGUGUUAACAAAAUGCUUUAUAGGAAGGUUGUUUUCAAAGGGCCUUGUUUAGCCUAUAUUGAUCAUGUGUAAUAUGUUAAUCUUGCUAUAUAACUUGAUAUUUCAGUUAUUUAAU